AUGCACAAGAUUAUCAUCUUUACAACUCUACUUACACCUGAGACAUUUUGUUAUGAAAGUAAAGUAAAAUGGCACAGAACUAUUAAAAACUCUCAAGUGUCACCCCAUAAAGUUCAGCAAAAAUCUCAACUUACUGUAAAUGCAAACCCGGGUAUAUCAAGUAAUACGACAUUGCAUAGACUUGAGUCUCAAGAAGCAUUAGCGAAUGCCUUUUAUAAGAACACUACUUCAAUCCUUUUGGAUCUUAAUGUACAUAAACCAAAUGAGCAAAGUUUAUGGAGUAAUGUUUUACCAGUUGAAACUUCAAAUGAAACGGUUGAACAAAGCAUGAAUAUAGAGCUACAAGGGAUCUUGUCACAAAAGUUAUUAACUUAUGAGAAUAGGCGUAUAUUUUAUGAUAAUUUUCUAUAUAUUAGAGCAAUACGUAGGAUUGGUGACAAAGAUUAUUGGAGUAAUUACAAAGUAAUUAAACUUGUUCAUUAUCCUCCUAUUUCUAGAUUUACUCGCAAACACAAUGGUAUCACAUAUCAGAUUCCUGAUAAAUAUGAGGUUGAAACUAGUUUAGUGAGAUUGUCUAUAAGAUGUAAAACUCAAUAUCAGCAAGAUGGUAAUAUUAAUUAUAUGAUUAGUUGGAUAAAUUCUUGUGGUAAUACAUUAUCAAGCAGUAGUACAACUUCUGUGAGUAAUGUUGGUGUUAAAUUUUUAAUGGAUAUUUGUAAUAAAUCAAAUACCCGUAUUUCUGGAAUAUCUCUAUUUGGAUUUGAUAUUGAUUGUUUACAUAAAGCAAGAAUAGAAACUUCUACUAAUCGCAAGCAUCCUUAUACAGAAUUAAAAUCUAAUUCACAAAAAAAACAACAAAUUGUAUUGGUAGCAAAUGAUUUAAAGAUUCAAGUAGCAAAACUUUUUCAUAAUCAUCAAUUUAUUAAUUCAUUAGGUGCUAAUAUAAUAAGUCUUGAAUUAGUAAAGCUUAGAAUUGCAGAUCAAGAUAUAACCCUCAAUUAUCAGCUUAAGAAUAAAAGUGAACAAUACUAUAAUUCUCUUGUUCGAAUAUAUACAAAUAUGAUUCGAGAAUAUUUAGUUGAACAGCAAUGUAAAGAUAUUAGUAAUCAAAUGGAGAAACAUUUACCAAUAGUUUUAUUUACUAUCAAUCAAGAAUUAGAAUUUAAGAAAGACAUUGUAGAAAAUAGAGCUAAUAUAAAUGUAGAUUUGAACAAUCAUAAAACUGAAAAUGCUGUUUAUAGAUUGAUUAAAUCUUUAUUAAUGCUUUUAGUGCCAAUUUUAACUGUAUCUAAUCCAGUUGUUCUUUAUUCUGAUGAUAAAAUUAAUUUAAAAAUUAGUGGAGAUGAUCGAAAUAUUAGUAGAAAAUAA